AUGGCGGCCUCUUUCCCCACCUCCCGAGUUCUCUUUCUCCUGACUUUCUUCUUUUCCCUCACAAACACCACAGCUCAAAACAAUGGCGGCACAAACUUUUCAUGCUCAGUGGAUUCAACCCCUUCCUGCGAAACAUACGUCGCCUACUUCGCCAACCCACCAAACUAUUUGGAUCUUGAAAACAUAUCUCAGCUCUUGAUCCUCCUUUCAUCAAUCGCAAAAGCCAGCAGCCUCGCCGCUGGCGACAACCAGUUACUAUUUCCCCGUCAACUCUUGCUCGUUCCGAUCACCUGCGGGUGCACAGAUCACCGUUAUUUCGCCAACAUCACAUACAAGAUCAAGGAAGGUGAUAACUACUACUUCGUCUCAGUAAAUUCAUUCGAAAAUCUCACCAACUGGCUUGUUGUGCAAGAGAUGAGCCCCGCGCUUACUCCAACGCUCCUGCAGAUCGGCACAGAAGUAAUCUUCCCUUUGUUCUGCAAGUGCCCCUCGAAAACCCAUAUAGAAAAUGGUAUCACAAACCUCAUCACAUACGUGUGGCAGCCCAACGAAGACGUUUUGCAGGUGAGUGCUACAUUUGAUGCCUUCCCUGCCGCCAUUGUAGCUGAAAAUGGCUACGGCAACAACUUCACCUCCGCAGUGGGGGUUCCGGUGCUGAUCCCCGUGUCACAGUUGCCAGCUCUCUCUCAAUCUCACCCUCCUCAUCCCAGACAUCAUAGGAUGUUUUUUCUCGUCGUUGUUGUAAGCUUGGGAGCUGCUGUUUUGGUGCUCCUUUUGGUUGCUUUGUUGGUCUAUGCUUAUUGUUUACGUGAGAGAAAGAAGAAGACUAUAAAUCGCACGGGUUCCUAUCUGGAGACCAGUGAUCUGAUACAAACCAUUAAGGAGCAACCAAAAAGCGAAGAUUUUAAGGAAAAGCUACUCCCUGGAGUUUCAGGCUACCUCAGCAAGCCGACAGUGUACGAGAAUAAAACGAUCAUGGAGGCAACGAUGAACCUCAGUGAAACAUGUCGGAUUGGGAAAUCAGUUUACAGGGCAACCAUCAACGGGGUGGUCUUUGCAGUGAAGAAAACCAAGGAAGAUGGCUGCGGAGAGGAGCUGAAAAUCCUGCAGAAAGUAAAUCAUGCAAAUCUGGUGAGAUUAGUCGGCAUCUCAUCAAACACAGAAGGAAAUCGGUUCUUGGGAUAUGAAUAUGCAGAGAAUGGAUCGCUUGAUAACUCUUUAGCUUUCCUCACAUGGAAUCAGAGGCUAAAUAUUGCGUUAGAUGUAGCAAAGGGUCUUUACUACAUGCAUGAACACACACAGCCGACGAUUGUUCACAGAGAUAUAAGAGCAAGCAAUAUACUUCUCGACUCAAUGUUCAAGGCAAAGAUAGCAAAUUUCUCCAUGGCUAGAUCUGCAGCUGCAAACGAUGUUAUUAUGCCGAAAGUGGAUGUUUUUGCCUUUGGGGUUGUUCUGCUGGAGCUGCUUUCGGGGAAGAAAGCCAUGGCAGUGAAGGAAAGUGGUGAGGUUGGUAUGCUGUGGAAGGAGAUAAGGUGGAUGUUUGAAGGGGAAGAGGGGAGCAGAGAGGAGACGUUAAGGAAAUGGAUUGAUCCAAACUUGAAGGGAUUGUGUACAAUUGAUGGUGCCAUCAGCUUGGCAGCUUUGGGGAGGGCUUGCACGCUGGAUAAAUCAAUGGCAAGGCCAAGUAUGGGGGAGAUUGUAUAUAGUCUGUCUCUUCUUACUCAGUCAUCUCCUGAAACAAAUUCAGAAAGAUUUUGGACUUUGGGAGUUGAAGGAGAUGAAGCAAUUCAUAUUGUCAGUCCAGUCAAAGCUCGUUAG